AUGUCAACCAAGGAUCAAAUUGAAAUUGAUACCCAAUCUAAAGGUGAUACUCAAAGUGAUACAUUAACACCAGAUACCAGGACUAAAUGGCAAAAAUUCAAAGAAACUAUAUGGGAUGGUCCAAAACCAGAACCUGAAAAGAGACUUGUAACAAAAUUAGAUUUUUUCUUACUUACAUGGGGUUGUUAUGGAUAUUUUAUUCGUCAUUUAGAUCAAUCAAAUUUCACAAAUGCAUAUGUUUCUGGUAUGAAACAAGCUUUGAAUAUGACUGGUGAUGAUUAUAACUAUGCUCUUUCAAUAUGGCAAGCUGGUUAUGUUGUUGGAAUCAUUCCCUCUCAAGUAUUGAUGUUGAAAAUCCAACCAAAUGUUUGGUUCCCUGUAAUUGAAAUCAUUUGGGCAGUUUUAACAUUUGGAACAGCUUCUGCAAAAAAUUUGAAUCAAGUUUAUUGUAUUAGAUUCUUCCUAGGGUUAUUUGAAUCACCUUUCUAUAUUGGUGCAUUAUCCCUUUUUGCAAAUUUCUAUACAGAAAAGGAAUUAGCUAAAAGAGCAUGUAUUUUAUAUAGUGCAUCAAAUAUUAGUUCAAUGUUUUCUGGUUAUUUACAGAGUGCAGUUUAUGAAAAUUUAGAUGGUGUUAGUGGUCGUGCUGGGUGGCAAUGGUUAUUCAUUGUUUGUGGGUCAAUUACAUUACCUUUGGCAUUAUGGGGUCUUAUUGCAAUUCCAAAUACACCUUAUAAACCAAAUUGUUGGUCUAUUUGGUUAAAUGAUGAAAAUAAAACAGUGGCUAAAGGAAGAUUUGUUAAAAGUAGAGUUCAAUUUCAUGGAUUUAAACUAUCAGAAAUCAAAACAAUGUUAUUGGAUUGGCCAUUUUAUGUUAUUGUUUUCACAUACACUAGUUAUAUGAUUUUCACCAAUGCAACAGGUUAUUUCACAUUGUAUAUCCAAUCAUUAGAACGUUAUUCCAUCAGUCAAAUUAACAACAUUCCAACUUCUGCUCAAGGUGUUGCAUUGAUUGGUAAUAUAAUUCUUGGUUGGCUUGCAGAUUAUAAAGGUCGUCAUUUGGUAUUACAAAUUGCUUUGAUCUUCAACGCUGUCUCUUGUGUUUUCCUGUUGAUUACACCUUCUGAAGGUUGUGUCUGGUUUGGUUAUUUGAUUAGUGGUGUUAGUUGGGCAUAUGGACCAAUUUUCAUUAGUUGGACUCAAGAAUUUCUUAGACGUUCAGAAUUUGAAGCUAAAUUUACAUUAGGUAUUGCACAAGCUUCUGCUAUUGCAAAUUUAAUCUGGGCAACUAUUGUACUUUGGAGUACUUCAAGUCAAUAUCCGUUCUAUAGAGCUGCUUAUAUUGUCUCGUUGAUAUUGGGUGUUUUACAAAUUCCAAUUACUUAUUAUGUUGCAAGAUUUGUUAAGAAUCAAAAUAGAUUACUUGAUGUUACAGAAGUUAAUGAACAAAUAUCAGCCGAGUUGAAAGAUGAAAAGGAGAAAUAA